AUGCGCACCUCGACAUCUGGAAGACCCAAGAAGCCUUCCAACCCCGACCGCAGCAUCGACUCGCUGUUCACCGCACAAGCCUCGCUGAACAAGGGCAAAGAGGCACAAAUGCUGGCGGGCUCCAGCUUGGCCGUCGUCAGCACGCUCAAGAACAAUCUCUUCAGUGCAGCUGGCUCGUUUCUCAGCUUCUCCCCCGGAUCACCAUGGUCCUCACGGUCUACAGAUCAACCUCCUGAUGGGCUCACGACCUUGAACGGCUCUGCGCGGAAAGCUGCUGGAACGCCAACGGGCAACAAGCGUGGACGACCAAGAAAAUCGGCGAGCGCGUCUGGGUCGAAUCGCAAGACACCGUCCAAACUCAAAGGCACCGGUAGGCUUGCCAGUAGCAGCAGGAACACAAUCGAUGGCGACCAAGACGGCUCAGGCUCGUCGGAUGGAGAGCCCUCAGAGCGCGGGCUAGCCGAUGGAGAGUCCGCGAGAGGAGGCGCGGACGACGACGAUGAAGAUGCAGCCAGUGAUCGCGAUGCCAUGAAGAGCAGCGAGGAGGAAGAUCCCUUUGGCGGUGUUCUGCAAGGCUCGGAUGCCCUCACGCUGCCGUACAAGCCAACGCAGCAGGACACGGAGCGCUUUCAACGAGCACAGAAAGCCGCCGAAGCGAGGCUGGGUGGCACUCUGGCCAGCCUGCCGGGCUCAUCCAGCAGUCGCAUCAUCCGAAGGCCAGGUCCUGCAGCGACGGGAGCCUGGGGCUCUGCAGCUGCUUCGCCGCGCCAUCCGAGCUCCAUCUCUUCCCUGGAAACGCCCGGCAGCGGCCCUCGCAUUUCUCGCACUCAGCUCGUCCCUCGGCAGUCACCAUCAGGCACGCCGGCACCUUCACAGGUCGAGAUCACGACGUCGGCCAGCAGUGCAGAGACCGGGAACGCUUCGCCCAUCAAGUGCAUUCGCUUCGGCGACUUUGACAUCGAUACAUGGUACCAGGCGCCAUAUCCAGAGGAGUACAGCAUGGUGCCAGACGGACGGCUUUGGAUCUGCGAGUUCUGCCUCAAGUACAUGAAGAGUCGCUUCAUGGCGCAACGACACCGGCUCAAGUGCAAGAUGAGACACCCACCAGGCGACGAGAUCUACCGGGACGGCAACAUUUGCGUCUACGAGGUCGAUGGCAGGAAGAACAAGAUCUACUGCCAGAACCUCUGUCUGCUUGCCAAGAUGUUCCUCGACCACAAGACGCUCUACUACGACGUCGAGCCAUUCCUCUUCUACAUCGUGACCGAAGGAGACAGCAUGGGCGAUCACUUUGUCGGCUACUUCAGUAAGGAGAAGCGCAGCCCGAUGAACUAUAACGUGUCCUGUAUCAUGACGCUUCCGGUGCGCCAGAGGAGAGGAUGGGGGAACUUUCUGAUCGACAUCAGUUUCCUGCUGUCAAAAAAGGAGGGACGAGUUGGCUCGCCCGAGAAGCCACUCAGUGACCUUGGCCUGCUGAGCUACAGAAAUUAUUGGACUCUGGCGGUUUUUUACUAUCUGCGCAUCGCACCGGACGAGGUGACCAUGGACGACAUCAGCCGCGGUACGGCCAUGCAGCUGGAGGACAUCUUCUAUGUGCUUCGCGAGCAGGACAUGAUCGUGGUCUACGAUGGCAACAACGGAAACAGCAGGACGCCAGCGACAAGCAAGUAUCGCGCGCGGGACGGAAUUGCAGCCGCGAAAGGCACUGGUCUCGCACUCGCUGGCGGUUCCGCUGCAGCAGUUGAACCUCAACCGCGAAAGCGAGGCAGACCUCCUCUGCAUCCUCGACCUCCACCUGCGGCAGAGCCGCCUUCGUACAAGGAUCGAGACAAGAACGCAGCCGCCUCGCUUCCUCGCGACUAUCGCAUCCAUUUCGAUCGAGACUACGUGAUCGCCCAUCUCAAGAACUACGAGUCGAAAGGAUAUCUCAAGGUGCGAGCGGAUAGGCUCAAGUGGACGCCCUUCCUCGUGUCUCGGUCGUUCCUCCAGCCUAUUCCUUCGCCAUCCAAUGGACACAGCGGCGGAUCGACCGUCGGGCAAUCGAACGGCACACCAGGUCCCUCUGGUAGCGGCACGUUCACUCCUGCCGAGAUGAUGGCCAAUCUAGGCUAUUCCGUGCUCGACCGCGUCCAAAAGACGCCUGGCAGAAGCGACGCGGCGAGCGCACGUGCAAGCCCAGCGGCGACUGCUGGGCGACGUCCGGUGGUGCGGGCGAGCUUCACGGCCGUGGCUUCGGCGUCGACCAGUGCAAACGAUUUCGCACAAGCGCAGGAGGUCAACAGCCCAGGACGCUCUUCCAUCGCGACGCCCACACCAUCGCCUCCCAAGAAGCGCUACAGACCUGCGCCGCCGCCUGGAAGCGCCCUGUACGGCGCAGCUCUCGGGAGCAAUCAGAGCGGUGGAAGCGACCUCGGCACAGGUACCGAGUCUAUGCCCAGCAUGUGGCAGUCCAGCCAGCCAGGUUCGGCCUCUACCACGCAGAGCGUCGACGCAAGUGCUCCGUAUUCUGGAGGUGCCUGGGCUGACGGAGGCGUGGCUGCUGACGCAGAUGCGGAUGCGGAUGCAGAUGGCGACUACGAAGCUGACGAGUAUCUGCCGGACGCUGCUCCCAUCACAGCCAAAUCGGCUCUAACCGCAUUCCCGCCCAAGACACCCGAGGCUGCACGCCUGCCCAUUGAUCCCGAGCACCUACAGCGCGUGCUCGCAGCCAGCUCGGGCGUGUCAAAUGGCCAAUUCACGCCCAAUGACUUUCCGGGCCAGAUGCAGAUGGGGAUGGCGAGUCCAUGGACCGCGCGGGACGGUGCGACUGCUACGCCGGAUCCAUACGACCAGGAUGCCGAUUUCGGAGACGAGGACGCCGAUGGCAGCGACGAGGAUGCUCCUGGCAGCGAUGAUCCGGGCCUCGAUGACAUCUGA